AAGAGAAGAGCUAUGCCAUUAUGAAUGAUUGAUGGGAGAAAUCUCAACUCAACAACAACAGUAUUUACUAAGCUUUGAUAAUGGCUGCCAGAAGGCUUUCCUCUCUGCUCUAUCUUUCUUGUCCUGCUGCAACUUCUUUAUCUUCUUUGGGAAGAUUUUCAAGAUGGGGACGAAGGGUUAGUAGCUUUAGUACAUCAGCUGCAAUUGAUGAACCUAUCAAUCCAUCUAUUCAAAUAGAUCAUACUCAGCUUCUUAUCAAUGGACAAUUUGUUGAUGCUGCUUCAGGAAAAAACUUCCCUACAUUUGAUCCUAGGACAGGAGAUGUAAUUGCCCGAGUUGCAGAAGGCGAUGCCGAGGAUAUAAAUCGAGCAGUGGCUGCAGCUCGCAAAGCAUUCGAUGAAGGGCCAUGGCCUAAGAUGACUGCUUAUGAAAGGUCGCGUAUAAUGUUCCGCUUCGCUGAUUUGCUUGAAAAACACACUGAAGAGGUAGCAACACUUGAAACUUGGGACAAUGGGAAGCCGUACGAGCAAGCUGCUAAGAUUGAGAUACCGAUGGUUGUUCGAAUGUUCCGAUAUUAUGCCGGCUGGGCAGACAAGAUCCAUGGACUCACAGUUCCAGCUGAUGGACAGCAUCAUGUUCAAACGCUCCAUGAACCGUAUGGUGUAGCUGGUCUGAUUAUCCCAUGGAAUUUUCCUCUUUUAUUGUAUUCAUGGAAAGUUGGUCCGGCAUUAGCUUGCGGUAACACCGUUGUCCUGAAGACGGCAGAGCAGACACCGUUGUCGGCUCUUUAUGUUUCCAAGCUUUUUCAUGAGUCUGGACUUCCUCCUGGUGUCCUAAAUGUCGUCUCUGGAUUUGGUCCUACAGCUGGUGCAGCACUUUCAAGUCACAUGGAUGUGAACAAGCUAUCAUUCACAGGUUCCACUGCUACAGGCAAGGUUGUGCUCGGACUCGCUGCAAACAGCAACCUUAAACCGGUAACAUUGGAACUCGGAGGAAAAUCUCCUUUCAUUGUUUGCGAAGAUGCUGACAUUGACAAGGCUGUUGAGCUUGCACAUUCAGCCCUGUUCUUUAACCAGGGUCAGUGUUGUUGUGCCGGUUCUCGCACUUUAGUCCAUGAAAGUGUGUAUGAUGAGUUCGUAGAGAAAGCAAAGGCUCGAGCACUGAAACGUGUUGUCGGGGAUCCUUUCAAGACUGGGAUUGAACAAGGUCCUCAGAUUGAUAAUGAGCAAUUCCAGAAGAUCCUCAAGUACAUAAGAUCUGGCAUUGAAAGUGGAGCUACACUUGAAACUGGAGGUGAACAACUUGGUUCCAGAGGCUACUAUAUUCAACCCACUGUUUUCUCCAAUGUUCAGGAUGACAUGUUGAUAGCUAAAGAGGAGAUAUUUGGACCAGUACAAUCCAUCUCCAAGUUCAAGGAUCUUACUGAGGCUGUUCAAAAGGCGAAUGCGUCUUCGUAUGGAUUGGCGGCCGGAGUUUUCACUCAAAACCUCGAAACUGCCAACACGUUGACUCGAGCAUUGCGAGUCGGGACGGUAUGGAUAAACUGCUAUGACAUAUUUGAUGCUGCAGUCCCUUUUGGUGGGUUCAAGAUGAGUGGUCAAGGAAGAGAGAAAGGAAUCUAUGGUCUUAGCAGUUACUUGCAAAUCAAGGCAGUUGUCUCUCCGUUGAAGAACCCAGCAUGGUUGUGAUUUUUCUUCUUGCUCACAUUGAAUGAUCUAAUCCGUUCUUCGAGUUGAAACAUGUUACCCGGACUUUAUAAUAUUCUUAAAAUAAUUAUGUUAAA